AUGAGCUCGGAAUUUACGGAAGGAGGCCAUGCUGGGAGUGAUGUCGAUCUUACCAGCCUCAACUGGCUACACAAUCUCAAUAUCAUGAGUAUCUCAUCUUUGCCAACACCACCGUCCUCACCUGGACCAUCUCCACUGCCCGUUCACACUCAGCAACAGCCACUACAGCGAAAUUCUCACUAUUAUCGCAACUGUGGAGACCGUAAACCUCCUUACUCCUAUGCUACUCUGAUAUGUAUGGCCAUGGGUGCCAAUAGCAACAAAAUGACGCUUUCUGCUAUAUACAGCUGGAUUCGUGAGAACUUCCUUUACUACCGAAAUGCUGAUCCUAGUUGGCAGAACUCAAUACGUCACAAUCUGUCACUAAACAAGUGUUUUGUGAAAGUACCCCGCUCUAAAGAUGAACCAGGUAAGGGUGGUUUCUGGCGGCUGGAUGUGGAUCAGUUGGAAGAAGGGCGAAGAAGGAAAAGACGCUGUAGCACUCAAAGUGGUAGCAACGUAAAAUCAGCCACGGCAAAGGUUAAACAACAACACCAGCCACAACUACUGGCAAAUCCUACAACACCUGCAAUGUGUCUCAGCACAUCACACCAACAACAACUACUUAGUGCACCUUCAAUGGUUCCUACUGUUGUCUCUGUCUCUACUAAUUCGGUCACUGAUUCUACUUCAAAUUCUAAUUUUGUAACUUCCAACACAUCCAGCAAUGCUCCAAUUGUCAUUGGUGAAGAUGAUUUGGCCACUAUGCUGCUGGCAAGUGAAGGAUGGGAUACAGCUCAGAUAGAGCUUCUUGACUGGUUGCUUGAUACACUAUAA